GUUGGACGCUCCUUUUAAGUUUUACUGUUUUCUAAUAAGUAUAUGCAUGAAAAGAAUUAGGAUCAACUUCCAUGACUAUGAUUUAAAUUAGUCUUGUCGAUUUCGCGCGCUGCUCGCAGUAGUCUUUGCUCAUUGCCAUGGAGGCUAUACAGGAGAACAAACUGCUACGGUCACAUCCAGACACACUCCAAGCUGUACGGAAUGAGAUCAAUCUGGCCAAACCGGGAGAGAUGAAGGCAGCCGUCAAGAUCCUUAAGGAGUGGGUACAGCAGCAACCGCAUUUUAAAAAGAAGGACUUUAGUGAACAUAUGCUAGAAAAUACGAUAGUAGUGGGAAAGGGAUCGAUGGAGCGAGCGAAGAGGCAGAUUGACAAAGUGUGCACAAUGAGGAGUUUGUGGCCUCAUUUCUUUGCCAUAGAGGACAUUAGAACCGACUGCGCAGAAACCAUUGAAGACGGAUGUAUAGCCGUUAUGCCGAAUCUUAACAAAGAACACCACAGAGUGCUCGUGGUCAAAGUGGGAAAGUCCACAAUGACCUCGCAAAAACUUUUGCAACAUUACAAAUUUGGAGUCUGUGUUUCAGAGUACCUGAAGGCCCACGACUAUGUGAAUAGCUACCACUACGUCUUGGACUUGCGACAAGCCAAUAUGACUGACUUCCUCAAAUCCUUUAACCUCACUGAUUUUCGUCAGAUAUACACCAUAUUAGUGGAUUGCUUCGGCAUGCGUAUAAAGGGAAUCCACUUGGUGUCAGAGUCUAAGCUGGUGGAUACUCUUAUAGGAAUUCUGAAACAAUUCCUGAAGCCCAAACUGAUUUCUCGUCUCCAUCAUUACUCAGACGUUGAUCAGUUGGCUAAAGCUGUCGGCGAAGAGUACCUUCCUCAAGAUGUCGGUGGUAAAGAGAGAUGCGCUAGAGAUAUACAAGAUGAUUGGCUAACCGAGCUAUCGUCUAAAAGCAACAUGGAAUACAUGCGUAUGAUGCGGGAGGCUACCAUUGACGAAAGCCUUCGGCCAAAAGGGGACUUCAGCCAGGAGUAUGCAGGGAUGCCCGGGACAUUCAGACUUCUCACUGUUGACUAGCAUCGAUAAGCUAGAUCGAGAUAGUCAAUAAGGGACCAAAGUAAAAAUUAAUACCCAAAAGAUGGCGAAGCAAGUCAAUAAGAAUUUGUUUUUUAUUUAAGCUUGGCGGCGCUUUUUUCAAAAGAUAUAUGGUAUAUUAUAUGUAUUAGUAAAAUAUUUAUCGAUUUCUGUUAUUUAUUUUAGAUAAUUAAAUGGUGUUUGCAACUCACAACCAUGUCUUUUAUUUGUUCAUUCUUGCAAGCCCGACACUUGAGGCCACUUUAAUUUAGAAACUACCAACCACUAACCAUAUUUGACUCAAGGUUAACUGUUCGCUAUUUUAUAUUUAUAAUUAUACAAAUUUAUCAUGAAAUUAAAAGACCU